AGAGGAGUCCUGUUAGGAGUCCACAUUAAGUAGAAUAAAUUAUUUGAUUUGAUACUUACUCUUGAGGCUCCCUCAGCUUAUAGAUUAGUCUUUUGGUUAAAUUCUCCUCUUGUGCUUAUGUGCUUAAAUCCUAACAAUUGAUGUUCUCCUUGUGAGAUAUAAUAGUAUUACAUUAUUGAAUCUACGCAGUUGCAUGGUAUUUAUCUUCAGAUAGUUGCAAAAUUAACCCAAUAUAAAAGGUAUCAAACGGAGCACACAGCAAUGAAGCCGACGUUGGAGGCUCAGAAAAAGACAGCUUCAACUUCCAACGACAUGUGUUCGAUGUUCCUUUUUCGUGUUUGAAGUUCUAUUCACAAAAUUUGCUGUGCCAAUCUUCUCGGAACGACUCUGCUCCAAUGUUCGGAAGUGUUGUUGAUUCUUUCUUGUCUAGUGAUGAAGACACGUUUUGUGAAACGUAUAGAGAAUAUAGUGAACUUCCUUGCCAUGACGUGUCACUUUAUGAGCAUUUCAGACACGAAGAGAAAAGAUUGGAGGGUGAUGAUUCUGCCCCAGUUAUUGAGGCUGAAGUUGUUUGUGCCACUUCUGGAAACUCUGCUUCUAGCAUGGUACCAACUAGGAAAAAUAGAAUAAAAUGGACCAAAGAUUUGCAUGAGCAAUUUGUUGCAGCUGUCAACAGCCUUGGUGGUCCUCAAAAAGCAAAACCCAAGGCAGUGCUACAGAUGAUGAAUUCAAAGUCGCUCACCAUUUUUCAUGUUAAAAGUCACUUGCAGAAAUAUCGGACCACAAUGUACAUGCAGAACUCUAGCAAGGAGGGAUACAAAGAAAGCAAAGGCAUAGACAUGGUCACUGAACUUCAACAGAAAAUAAUUAUACUUCUGGCAGCUAUAUGCAAAUUGAGGAAUCAAGACUACUGCAACUUGAGAUUGGGAGAGGUAUUCAAGAACAAUUGGAGUUAUCUUUUGUCUGCACUCACAUUUAGAUCUACGACGUCAUAUGAUGAAGACCAAGAAUCAUUCUUUCAGGUGUCGACAUUUUUUGUCAUUGUCGUGAUGCAUCUUUAUAACCAUGUCGUCAUCCUAUAUUGUUAUUAUGUUUCUAUUGGGUGUACGUAUUUAUGCAAGCAAAUGAAGCAUGUUUUGUCAUAUUUUUCUAAAAUAUUUCUUUAAUAUGUUUAAUAA